AUGGAGUGGAAGGAUGGAACAGUGUGGGCCCAGUGUGGACCUGGUGUUGUGGACCAGCAAAUAGUGUCAUUUGAAGACGUCACUGUGGACUUCACCUGGCAAGAGUGGCAGCACCUGGAUGGUGUUCAGCAGAACCUCUACAGAGAUGUGAUGCUGGAGAACUACAGCAGCCUGGUGUUCUUGGGGAACUGUAUGUCCAAACCAGAUUUGAUCUUCAAGUUGGAGCAUGGUUUUGCACCAUGGAGAGUAUUAGAAGGCUCAAUUCAGAGGCUUCCAGAAUUAAAAACUCAGCAGAAAAUGCACUGGACAGAGACUGAUGAUUUUAAAUGGAGCCAGAAUACUGUUUACCAGAGGUUACAUCAGACUUGUUAUCAAGGACCAAACACAGGUGAAAAGGUGUAUGAUUGUAGGACAACUUUUGUCUCCAAGUCACACCUCAGUAAUCAUCAGAGAACUCAAACAGGUGAAAAGCCAAAGGAGUGUAUUGAAUAUGGGAACACUUUCAUCUCCACGGCACAACUCACAAAUUAUCAGAUAACUCACACAGGAGAGAAGCCAUAUGAAUGUAUUGAAUGUGGCAAAGGCUUCAUCUGCAAGUCACAGCUCACUACUCAUCACAGAAGUCACACAGGUAAGAAAUCAUAUAAAUGUAUUGAAUGUAGAAAAUGCUUCAUCUUUAAGUCAGAUCUUAUAAGGAAUCAGAGAACUCACACAGGUGAGAAGCCAUAUGAAUGUACUGAAUGUGGAAAAGCCUUAAUCUCCAAUUCACAGCUCACUACUCAUCAGAGAAUCCACACAGGUGAGAAGCCAUAUGAAUGUGCUGAAUGUGGAAAAGCCUUCAUCUCCAAUUCAAAGCUCACUACUCAUCAGAGAAUCCACACGGGUGAGAAGCCAUAUGAAUGUGCUGAAUGUGGGAAAGCCUUCAUCUCCAAUUCAAAGCUCAUUACUCAUCAGAGAAUCCACACAGGUGAGAAGCCAUAUGAAUGUACUGAAUGUGGAAAAGCCUUCAUCUCCAAUUCAAAGCUUACUACUCAUCAGAAAAUCCACACAGGUGAGAAGCCAUAUGAAUGUGCUGAAUGUGGAAAAGCCUUCAUCUGCAAGUCAUAUCUUAUUAAGCAUUGGAGAUGUCACACACGUGAGAGGCCAUAUAAAUGUACUGAAUGUGGAAAAGCCUUCACCUGCAAGUCACACUUUAUUAAGCAUCAGAGAAGACACACAGGUGAGAAGCCAUAUGAAUGUACUGAAUGUGGGAAAGCCUUCAUCUACAAUUCAAAGCUCAUUACUCAUCAGAAAAUCCACACAGGUGAGAAGCCAUAUGAAUGUACUGAAUGUGGGAAAGCCUUCACCUGCAAGUCACAUCUUAUUAAGCAUCAGAGAAUCCACACGGGUGAGAAGCCAUAUGAAUGUACUGAAUGUGGAAAAGCCUUCAUCUCCAAUUCAAAGCUCACUACUCAUCAGAGAAUCCAUACAGGUGAAAAGCCAUAUGAAUGUAUUGAAUGUGGGAAAUCCUUCAUCUGCAAGUCAUAUGUUAUUAAGCAUUGGAGAUGUCACACAGGUGAGAAGCCAUAUGAAUGUACUGAAUAUGGGAAAGCCUUCACAGGUGAGAAGCCAUAUGAAUGUACUGAAUGUGGAAAAGCCUUCAUCUCCAAUUCAAAGCUCACUACUCAUCAGAGAAUCCACACAAGUGAGAAGCCAUAUGAAUGUGCUGAAUGUGGAAAAGCCUUCAUCUGGAAGUCAUAUCUUAUUAAGCAUCAGAGAUGUCACACACGUGAGAAGCUAUAUGAAUGUACUGAAUGUGGGAAAGCCUUCACCUCCAAUUCAAAGCUCACUACUCAUCAGAGAAUCCACACAGGUGAGAAGCCAUAUGAAUGUGCUGAAUGUGGAAAAGCCUUCAUCUCCAAUUCAAAGCUCACUACUCAUCAGAGAAUCCACACGGGUGAGAAGCCAUAUGAAUGUGCUGAAUGUGGGAAAGCCUUCAUCUCCAAUUCAAAGCUCAUUACUCAUCAGAGAAUCCACACAGGUGAGAAGCCAUAUGAAUGUGCUGAAUGUGGAAAAGCCUUCAUCUGCAAGUCAUAUCUUAUUAAGCAUUGGAGAUAUCACACACAUGAGAGGCCAUAUAAAUGUACUGAAUGUGGAAAAGCCUUCACCUGCAAGUCACACUUUAUUAAGCAUCAGAGAAUCCACACGGGUGAGAAGCCAUAUGAAUGUACUGAAUGUGGAAAAGCCUUCAUCUACAAUUCAAAACUCAUUACCCAUCAGAAAAUCCACACAGGUGAGAAGCCAUAUGAAUGUACUGAAUGUGGGAAAGCCUUCACCUGCAAGUCACAUCUUAUUAAGCAUCAGAGAAUCCACACGGGUGAGAAGCCAUAUGAAUGUACUGAAUGUGGAAAAGCCUUCAUCUACAAUUCAAAGCUCAUUACUCAUCAGAAAAUCCACACAGGUGAGAAGCCAUAUGAAUGUACUGAAUGUGGGAAAGCCUUCACCUGCAAGUCACAUCUUAUUAAGCAUCAGAGAAGUCACACAGGUGAGAAGCCAUAUGAAUGUACUGAAUGUGGAAAAGCCUUCAUCUCCAAUUCAAAGCUCACUACUCAUCAGAGAAUACACAUAAAUGAGAAGCCAUAUGAAUGUGCUGAAUGUGGAAAAGCCUUCAUCUCUAAUUCAAAGCUCACUACUCAUCAGAGAAUCCACACGGGUGAGAAGCCAUAUGAAUGUACUGAAUGUGGAAAAGCCUUCAUCUACAAUUCAAACCUCAUUUCUCAUCAGAAAAUCCACACAGGUGAGAAGCCAUAUGAAUGUACUGAAUGUGGGAAAGCCUUCAUCUGGAAGUCAUAUCUUAUUAAGCAUCAGAGAUGUCACACACGUGAGAAGCCAUAUGAAUGUACUGAAUGUGGGAACGCCUUCAUCUCCAAUUCAAAGCUCACUACCCAUCAGAGAAUCCACACAGGUGAGAAGCCAUAUGAAUGUACUGAAUGUGGGAAAUCCUUCAUCUGCAAGUCAUAUCUUACAAAGCAUCAGAAAUGUCACACACAUGAGAAGCCAUAUGCAUGUACUGAAUGUGGGAAAGCCUUCACCUGCAAGUCAUAUCUUACUCAGCAUCAGAGAAGUCACACAUGUGAGAAGCCAUAUGAAUGUACUGAAUGUGGAAAAGCCUUCAUCUCCAAUUCAAAGCUUAUUACUCAUCAGAGAAUCCACACAGGUGAGAAGCCAUAUGAAUGUACUGAAUGUGGGAAAGCCUUCCCCUGCAAGUCACAUCUCAUUAAGCAUCAGAGAAGUCACAGGUGAGAAGCCAUAUGAAUGUACUGAAUGUGAAAAAGCCUUCAUCUACAAUUCAGUGCUUACUGCUCAUCAUAGA